AAAAAGGAGAUACUAAGAAAUUUAAAUUAUUGAAUAAACAGUAUGAGAUUUUAGUAAAUGGGAUUGAUGAAUCACGAUCGUGAUAAGAGCUGAUUAGUUUGACUAAGAUAUUAAUAAAUAAUUAUAUUUAAUGAACAGAGACUUAGAGAUAGCUAGAUAAGCAUAUAUGGGAAGGAAUGUAGAGAUGACAAAGCAAGCCCAUAAUUAUAAUCCUUCAGAAUAAAUAUAUACAGAUAAUAGAGCAAAUGAGAAUGACCCAUUAUAAAAAUUAGGUAUUUUGAAGGUAUAGAAUAUUGUAUAGAUUCUCAUUAAGAGAAACAUUCAACAGGGGGUAAUUAUUUAAGAAGUUCUGUAUUUGGUGGAAUGGAUGGUAUGAUGACAACAUUUUCUGUGGUUACUGCUGUAAUAGGAGUAGAUUAUUAUUAUAAAUAUAGGGAAAUUUUGGAGUGUAAGCAGUAUUAGCUUUAGGAGUAGCAAAUAUGAUAGGAGAUGGAUUAUCUAUGGCGUUGGGAGAUUAUUUAUCUACUAAAUCAGAAUAAUAAUUUUUUAAAUAAGAAAGAGAAAGAGAAAAAUGGGAGGUAGAAAAUAAUUUGGAAGGAGAAAAAAAAGAAAUGAUUGAAUUGUAUAAAGUAAAAAUAUAUUAUUAAAUUUAUGUAAGAAAAAAGGAAUGGAAUAAGAAGAUGCUGAAAAAAUUAUGAAUAUUAUUACUAGACAUAAAGAUGCUUUCAUUGAUAUUAUGAUGUUAGAAGAAUUAGAAUUAGGAGGUGCUGAAGAAAAUCCAUUUAUGAAUGCUUUAGUAACAUUUCUUGCUUUUAUUUUAUUUGGAUUAGUACCAAGUAAUAAUCUAUCCUUAUUAUGAUUAUUUUAGUUAUUCCAUUUAUUGUUGCAGCUAUUGCAGGAUUGACUGAUGGAACAACUGAUACUUUGUUUUAUAUAUCAAUAGCAAUGACUGCUUUAUUCUUAAUUAUUUUAGGAGUAAGUAAAUCAUUUUUCUCAUAUGCUCCAUGGUGGAGAUGUGCUGCUGAAACUUUAUUUGUUGGAGCAUGUACUGCUAGUUCAAGUUAUUUAAUUGGUAUGGCUUUUGAAGGAUAAGAAAUUGGUUGAAUAUGA